CCGCUGCACAUCUUCUCCUCAUCCAGACACAGGCGAUAGCACUUUCUAAAGAUUUCCAGGAUUCCUUGACCUGUUCUUGUACUUCUGCACUUAAAGACUCUUUCAUACAUGGGACACACCGACUGUCUGACAGGAGUCUGACAGACAUGACAGGAGUGAGCCCAGCAGCGCUAGUUCCGCCCUCACUGUGCCUCAGCUGGGACAAAGAUGAUGCUGCUGGUGAGAUGGUGACGACACAUGGACACAAACCGUGAAAUAAAGAAACAUCAAGAGCUUCUCCUGAAGAAGAUGUCAUCUGUGUUAAUCGUUUAUGCGACACUUAUAAUCAGCACGAGUGUCGGUGCUGUGAGUGCAAACCUCAUCCUACUCUUACUGUGUGUGUCACACUUGAAACUGCGCACGGACACGUGGGGUUUAACGCUUAAUCUCAGCCUAUGUGACCUGAUUUUUGGAAUAAGUGUCAUCUCAGUUGCCAUAUACAGCUGCUUAGAAGGCGGGACCUUCAUGAAUAAUGGCGUUGCCUGUAAACUAGUAGGAUUCCUUCUCGUCUUACUCCAGUUGGCAUCAAUAAAUUCCCUGGUUUGGUCAACCGUGGACAAGUUUACAGAAAUCUGUUUUCCUCUACGAUACGCUCAAAUAGUCACCAAGAGACGAAUCUGGAUUGUCUUGUUCUUUUUGUGGAUUUAUGCCAUAGUGGUGGCCGCUCUACCUUUUAUGGGUUUUGGAGACUACAGCUUCAAUGAAGAAGUCUACGUGUGUUUGCCUUCACUGAACUCCACCACCAUGGCCUACAGCAUGAUGAUACUUAGCGCUGGUGUGAUCACUCCGAUAUCAGCGAUCAGCAUAUUGUACAUUUCCAUUAUUCACAUUGCCAGGAGUCAGGCGAAGAGAGGAACUUUUGUUUGCAACGACCAACAUUGCUAUUAUGUGCCAAUUCGGUCUUAUUUUCGAAAUACUCUCAUUCUUAUUUUCUCAGCAUUUUACCUUCUAAUAUGCUGGAUUCCAUCAGUCACAAUUAGCUUAUAUGAAAUAUUUUACACGGACAACGUACCGUCAAUACUACAAAUGGCUUCCAUAUGGCUCAUAGUAUUAACAUCUGGCAUAAAUCCAUGGGUUAAUUCAUUGGCUCAAAGAAAAUAUAGAAAAGCCCUCCUGGAGAGCUGGCGGAAAAUAAAAAAAAUGUUUCAGGACAUGGGCUCCAGUUCGGAGACGCCGAGUGAAAAUGAGAGACAUUCAAGCAUCCAGACUCCUCAGUCUCUGCCAGGACAUAACAUGAUGAAUUCCAUUCAAACAUGAAGAGAAUAAAACAAUGUCUAAUAAUAUCUCUAAAAUCAGAUGAGGAGAUGCAGAUCGAAGACAACAUUAUAGAAUUCGAGCAUCUCCCGGACUCCGUCUAACUACUUUGUAUAGAUUUAAGAAGGUAGUGGUGAGGAGCAUCUAUGUCUACAGAAUAUUAAGGACCAAACGGAAUGCUGGCCAUUACCGGAUCUCCAUGGUCUACGUAGGAUAAAGAUUUUUUUUUUUCUUUAGAAUUUUAUCAAAUACUUUAUUUAUUAAAUGACUAGACUAUCUGAUGAUAUGUGUC